AUGAGGACCCGGCGCGGCACCGUCCUGCGGCCGCCGGCCCGGCCCGUCGUGGAGGAGGAUGAGGAGGAUGACGAUGAGGAGAUGCCCGGCGGCCAGGCGGGCCCCGAGGCUCUGGCGGACGAGGUGGAGAACUUCCAUGAGGCGCGGUUCCAGGCGGUGAUGUCUGCCCUGGAGAGCGGGGAGGAGGCUGGGGACAGCGAGGAGGAGGAGGAGGAGGAAGAAGUGCUGGGGCUGCAACUGCCCGAGGACGACAGCGAGGAGGAGGAUGCAGAUGGUGAGGAAGAAGAGGAGGAGGAGGAAGAAGAGGAAGAGGAGGAGCGCCGGGAGGACACCAAGCUCCCCCACGAGCUGUCCUGGGGCCAGCGCAAGCAGCUCUACUACGACACAGAUUACGGGAGUGAUGCCCAGGCCAAGGGCAAGCGUAGCCAGCAAGAAGUCGAUGCGGAGGAGGAGGAAGAGGAGCAGGAGGCUCAAGUCAUCCAGAGACGGUUGAUGCAGGACUUGGGGGAAGAUGAUUAUGGGCUGGAUGUGAUCCAGGGCUAUCUGGCUGAGCAGCAGAAAACCCAGGACAGCAAGGGCCAGAAGAUUGACAAGGAUUUGCAGCUCCUUUCCAAGAAAGAGCAGCUGAAGCUACUGAAACGGGAGUCCCCCGAGCUCCUGCAGCUGAUUGAGGACUUUGAAGUCAAGCUGAUGGAGCUCAAGGACGAACUGCACCCGCUGCUGCAAAUGGUCAAAAAUGGCACUAUCCCGCAAGGGAAAGGCAGUCGCUAUUUGCAGACCAAGUAUCAUCUCUACUUGAAUUACUGUGCCAAUAUCAGUUUCUAUUUGGUUUUGAAAUCAAAGAGGAUUCCAGUUCAUAGUCACCCCAUUAUUGAACGGCUGGUUGCUUAUAGAAAUAUAAUCAAUGACCUGGCUGUUAUAGAUCAAAAGUUAUCCUCGCAAGUUCGUAUGCUUUUGAAAAACUACUAUGAUAAGAAGGAAGAUAAGUUACGGAAGGAGAAGAAGUUUGCUGUGUUUCUCCCACUGGAUGUUAAGAAAAACAAACCCAAACGUGCUCCUGCUCUUGCUAAUGGCCAGGCUGCUGCUGCUGAAGUGUCCGAUGAGUCAGACAUGGAUGAAGAGGCUGCCCUGAAAUACUACAAGGUGAUGGAGGAGAAGCUGAAACUCAAGAGGAAGAGAACUGAAGACCAGGAGACGCUUGAAGAAGCAGCAGCGUUGGAAGGAGAGGAUCCAAAUAAGAAGAGAGGUGUGACCUAUCAGAUGAUCAAGAACAAAGGGCUCACCCCCAGAAGGAAGAAGAUCGAUCGCAACCCCAGGGUCAAGCAUCGGGAGAAGUUUCGGCAAGCCAAGAUUCGCCGCAAGGGCCAGGUCCGUGAAGUUCGCAGGGAACUGCACAGAUACGCUGGGGAGCCGUCUGGCAUUCGUGCAGGAGUUAAGAAAAGCAGGAAGCUCAAAUGAUACUUCUUUUUCUCGGUUUCUGAGAGCUGCAAAUUGCACUGCUGAAUUCAAUAAAAGU